AUGUAUCAGUUUCCGAGGCACUUUUCUGAAUCUUUUAAGACUGCUUAUGGAAAAGGGCAACAGCCUAGAAGUUUUCCACCAACCAAAAGAAAACAUGAGCCCCUCAAAAGAAAAGGAAUUGAAAGGUGGCAUAGAGCUGUGUCUACCAACUUAGUUAAACAAAAUGUACUGGUCCCCAAAGAGGAAUCUUCCAGUGGGAGUGACCUAGAAUCACAACAAAGUCCAGAAAAUAAGAAGAAGAAUUUUAUGAAGAAAAUAAAGACUGCUUUCAGGAGAACACUGCCUGAGCACUACAGAAUCAAAGCAGCAAGGUCCCAUAAAAGCGGCCCCUCAAACCACAAGGAAGCUCUCUUUUCAAACACUCAGAGUCUCCUUCCUAGAAUUGCCAAGGAGCGGCGGCCUCACAAAUUAUUUGCCAAGCCCCAAAUAGGAAAGCUUCCACAAAAUGCAACCAUUCAACUGGAUGUUGUAGAAGCAGAAACUGAAGAGAUUACUGGGGGAAAUACCCUUGUUCGAGCCAGAAGGACAACAAGACAGCUCUCUGUGACCUCUCUCCCUUCUGGACUUCAGAAGGUCUCAUAUUUAUCAAAGAAGAGACGGCGCUUCCCAGUGCUUAGAAAAAAGAAAGCUAACAUGGAAAACAUCCUUUGUGCCUCUGAUUUGCCAGUAGGAAAACUUCAGAUGCAGGUGGAUGACCUCAUAGAAACGGUGACAGAAAAAUCCAUCAAACUCCUGGCCCAAAGACACGCAGAACUCCAGCAGUGUGAAUUUCUCGGAGAUGAGAUUCUUCAGUCAUCCAAGCAGUUCCAGAGGGUUUCCAAGAGAACCAUGAGGAAAUAUAAAUGGAAAAAUGUGUGUUUUCCAUGUACUUGUUGCUGCUAUUGA